UCUAACCGCGAUCUGAUGACCUAUUUCCCUCGACUAGUAAAAAUAGCGGUCGACAAUAGCUCAAACACUAUUUUUAGUGCGUAUCAUUAAAAUCUCAAACCACACAACCUUAUCUCUUACCUUCGUUGUCUAAGUAUCAGUUAAAAAAAAAUCAUUCAGAUUGCGAGUUACCGCGCAACGCACGAAGACAUAUGUAUCUAUAACAAUAUCCUACCGUCAAAAUCGAUACGCCACAACGAGGCAGUACACGUUGUUGUUUCGAGUGAGUUAGUGCCCGUUUAGUUGUCGCUAGAGUUUUUUUUAGUGUAGUAAACAAGGGAACAUGUUUUAAAUUAAACAUAGACUAAAUACAAUCAUGGAAAGUGUAAAGCGUUACAUACGAAGCGAAUCCGCGAGCUGUGCUCACAUGGUCGAAGAGCUCACCUCGAACAAUAGAAAAAGUACAGAUCCUCAUGAGAAAUUAAAGGCGCUGCUCAAUUCUCCCGAGGAGGACACGGAUGACACCCUGCCUCCAUCAGACGCCCCGAAAUUCGGUACCGUCAUUCAUAACAGAAUCUUUGUUGGCGGAUUCUCUUUGACGACGACAGAUGAAGACCUGUGGAAGUUUUUCUCGGGCUUCGCAACCGUCACAGCUGCGAGGGUCAUCUAUGACAGAGCUGGUGUCUCAAAAUGCUACGGCUUCGUGACCUUCGCCAGCCCUCGAGUCGCGAGAUUGAUAGUCAAGCAGAGCGGUGGCGUUAUGUUUUCACCACUGGGACGUCUUCGUGUCGCUCAAGCUGUACGAAAGCAGAUAAGUCAACUGCCUAUGUUGACGUCUGAAGCUGCACCUCUUCAGGCACCUCUCUGCUAUCAGCUGAUUUGCCCUCCCCUGGCACCACUGCCAGCUUGCGCACCGUGCGAGAUGCCACCACCACCUUACGCUGUGUAUCCGCUACCGUUUGAUACUGCACCAGCAUUGUAUGCUCCGCCGACACAGUACGCGCUCCUACCAGCGCCUUAUAGCACGGCUUGCUGCGAGCCCUCAUGUUGCGCGCCAUUGGACAAACAGCCCCGCGUGCCAGCCCCCCCACUUCACCCCGCUUUUAUUUACUGACUUUAUAUGAGUCAUCAGUUAAGAUAUAAUCGUCUAGAUUAAGUUUUAUAGCUGUAUCAUUAUUUAUAUUAUUAUCAGAUGAUGAUGAAUAAUUCAGAUUGAUUUAAGAUUUUAUAUUACAAAUAUUUCCCUAUUAUAUUUUCAGGUUCAGAAAUGAUAAAAUCAAUGUCAAGUUAUUUUGAAUCAAAAAGACACAAACAUCUCGUUUAGAUAUUCGAUAAGGUAUUUAUAAUUGCAAUGUAAGCGGCUUUUUUAGACAUAUUUUUAGAUUUCUGCAAAAAAAAAAAGAACCAUUCCUUUCGCUCGAGUCUUCCAAUCUUUAUUAUGCUCAAUCGAUUUAUGUGUUUCUUACUAAAUUUAUUUCACAAUACAUUUGGGAAUGGCACUGGAUUGAGAUGGUUGAGGUUUAUAAAGUGAUGCAAAAGAAGUGUUCAAGACUCUCGUCUAUUGGGUGUGUUUUUGACAAUUUUGUCUAUAUCUGGUUGUACCUAUAUCUUAGAUAAAUAAAAUGUUAUACAAUAAUUAGCUUCGAACAGGUACUUAUAAGGACGAUUAAUGUGGAUUCACGUGCUAUCAUUAAAUUAAGGUAAAAUAGAUUUAUCAUAACGUGUUAUGUAUCACAUUUGAUUAUUCGGUUAAAUUUUGGUUAAAUAGUAACUUAUUCAACAUUACUUCACGCGGAUGAUAUAAUCGCUUCUAUUUUCGAAUAUAUUUUGUU